GACCUGCACCUAUAGGGCACCUAGUGCCUACAGCACCAAGCAAGGGGGGCCUAGGUCCGGCCGGGCCGCAUAUAAAGCCUGCAAGGCACACGGAGGGAGCAGUAUUUGUUGGUAGUCCCCGUUCGACGCAACCUGAAGAUAUGAAGGCCGCUUUGUGCGUAGUGCUGCUGGCGACGGCCGUCGUGUACGGCGCAGAAGAGAAGAAGAACGAGAAGCGUGGCGUGCUCGGCCUCGGAUACGGGCUCGGCGCGCCGCUCUCCGCGCCGCUCGCCGCGCCGCUCGCGGCUCCGCUCGUCUCCGGCGGCUACUAUGGCCAUGGACUCGGCCUCUACAACAACGGACUCUACGGACACGGGCUGCUGGGGCAUGGACUAUACGGCGGCGGAGUGUACGGCGGCGGACUGUUGGGCCACGGCGUGCCGCUCGCAGCACCCGUAGUCAGUCAUAGCGCGUACUCCGCCCCCCUGCUCGGUCUAGGCCAUGGUUACUUACAUUGAAACCAUCAGGACCGUAAGGUCUCAUUGUGUUUAGUGCCAAAUUAGUAAGUUUUCUAUCCGCGGUUCUAUUUUUUCUAAAGAAUACAUUUAUUAUAAAGUA